CGGGGGGGGGGGGCGGGGGAGCUGGGCAAGGGAAAAAAAAAAAAAGACAACUCCACAGAAACCUGCCGCGUCCCCCGGAAAGGAAUCCCAGGCAAAAGAGAGAAACCCCACUGGUGAGGGGCGUGGUUGUUCGUGAUCUUGCUCCUGUCAUUUGGGUCUUGCUCUGCGGACCCUUAGGACCGUCAGGCUCUAGCGCAACUAUGAACUUGGAGCGGGUGUCCAAUGAGGAGAAGUUGAACCUGUGCCGGAAGUACUAUCUUGGUGGAUUUGCGUUCCUGCCAUUUCUUUGGUUGGUCAACAUUUUCUGGUUCUUCAGAGAGGCGUUCCUCGCCCCAGCCUACACAGAGCAGAGCCAAAUCAAAGGCUAUGUUUGGCGCUCAGCUGUGGGUUUCCUCUUCUGGGUGAUUGUUCUCAGCACCUGGGUCACCAUCUUCCAGAUCUACCGGCCCCGCUGGGGGGCUCUUGGGGACUACCUCUCCUUCACCAUUCCCCUGGGCACUCCCUGACAGCUUGAUAAGCUUUCUCCCAGGAUGGGCUUCUCUGCUCUAAGCUUUCCCUCAGACCCUGAAGACAUCUGUUUCCCAUUCCCCAUCUGCCCCAAUAAAGGACCCUAACGUUAAA